AGCUGUUACAGGUAGUAGCAGCAGUACUCAAAGAUCUUUCUUUCUUUGUACAAUAAAUUCAUAUAAACUAAGCCGCUCUUAGGACAAAAGAUUUUGUAACUUCUCUCUCUGUUCUCUUUCUUUUUCUUUUCUUUUCUUCUUUCUUUCUCUGGUCUUCUUCCUUCAAGGAGGAAGCUAGAGUGCAACAAUGGAGAAGAAUAUGGAAGAAGCUGCUUUAGCUCAAACAGAAGUCAUGGCCUCUACCCAUCAACAGCAUACUCCUAAAUCAAGGAAAGGUGGCCUCAUUACCAUGCCAUUCAUUAUAGCAAAUGAGGCUUUUGAGAAGGUAUCAAGCUAUGGGCUUUUACCAAACAUGAUAUUUUACUUGAUGAAAGAUUAUGGUUUAGGAGUUGCUAAAGGUGCCAAUAUAAUCUUUCUUUGGAAUGCUGCUACUAAUUUCAUGCCUCUUUUGGGUGCUUUCAUCUCUGAUUCUUACUUGGGUCGUUACCUUACCAUUGGCCUUGGUUCCAUCUUCAGUCUUUUGGGGACAGUCCUGUUAUGGUUAACAACCAUGAUUCCACAAUCAAAACCUCCCCUCUGCGAUUUAAUGACUCAAAACUGUAAAUCCCCAACAGCUGGCCAAAUAACUAUGCUGUUAUCUUCCAUGGCCUUCAUUUCUAUCGGAGCUGGUGGCAUUAGGCCGUGUUCCUUAGCAUUUGGGGCUGAUCAAUUGGAUAACAAAUCUAACCCCAAAAACGAGAGGAUCUUGGAAAGCUACUUUGGCUGGUACUAUGCCUCAACAGCCAUUUCUGUUCUGAUUGCUUUGACGGGGAUUGUCUAUAUUCAAGACCAUCAUGGUUGGCGAGUGGGUUUCGGAGUUCCUGCAAUUCUCGUGUUCUUAUCUGCUUUCUUGUUCUUCAUUGCCUCUCCACUUUACCUUAAGCAGAAAGCUAGCAAGAGUUUGCUUGCUGGAUUUGCACAAGUUCUUGUUGUUGCAUACAAGAAUAGAAAAAUUCCAUUUCCUCCCACAAAUUCAGACAGUAAAUAUCAUCGCAGGAAGAAUUCGGAGUACAUUACACCAACUGAGAAUAUAAGGUUCUUGAACAAGGCUUGCAUCAUAAGAAAUGCUGAACAAGAUUUAGCUCCAGAUGGAUCAGCAUCAAACCCAUGGAGUCUUUGCACAAUAGAGCAAGUAGAAGAGCUCAAAGCACUUAUCAGAGUUAUCCCUAUCUGGUCUACAGGGAUCAUGAUGUCGAUAAAUGUUAGCCAAGGUUCAUUUCAAGUGCUUCAAGCUAGUUCCAUGGACCGACACCUUUCCUCAAAGUUCCAAGUCCCAGCAGGCUCUUUUGCUACAUUUGUAGUUAUCUCUAUGGCAAUAUGGAUUGUUCUUUAUGAUCGUGCCAUCCUUCCAUUGGCAACAAAAAUCAAGGGUAAGCCAGUGCGGCUUGGUGUGAAACUGAGGAUGGGAAUCGGCCUAUUCCUUUCAUGUAUGGGAAUGGUGGUUGCAGGAAUUGUUGAGAAUGUUCGACGAAGAAAAGCAAUCCAUGAAGGGUACUUGAACAAUCCUAAUGCUGUGGUCCAAAUGUCUGCAUUCUGGCUUGCGCCUCAGUAUUGCCUGAAUGGCUUUGCAGAGGCAUUGAACGCUAUCGGACAAACAGAGUUCUAUUACACUGAGUUCCCUAAGAGCAUGUCUAGCAUUGCUGGUGCUCUUUUUGGACUAGGAAUGGCAGUGGCAAACUUGCUGGCUACUGUUAUCCUAAGUCUUGUUAACAAUAUUACUUCAAAAGGUGGCAAAGUGGGCUGGGUACCAAGUAAUAUCAACCAAGGUCAUUAUGACAAUUACUACUGGCUUCUUGCCAUAAUGAGUGCUGUUAAUCUGCUGUAUUUUCUAAUUUGUAGUUGGGGUUAUGGACCUUGCAAGGAGCAAAUAACAAAGGUUAGCGAUGAAGGGAAUGGAUUCAAGCAUGAGGAAGAACCGUGUAAUCUAGGAAGUAUGAUUAAAGAUGAAGGUAAAGGUAUUGAUGGAGAAGAAUUAUCAAGAGUUUAGAGGAUUGAAAAUUGCAGCUUGAUUUGAGUGGUAGGCAUUGUGUGAUUUGUUGUGUGAUAGUGAGAGGCAUUAAUUAAUUAUCAUUUUUGCAAGUAUAUCAAGAUCUCAAUGCAGAUGGGCAUUCUCUUGAGUCUCAUGCUAUAUAUCUAUAUAUUUAUAUAUGUCAAAUACCAAACCUCAACAUACAAAUUUGUAAUAUAGCUUCUUCUUUUUUUUCCCCUUCUUUUAUUUCUUCUUGCAAUGAAAUUCAGUGUCUUGACUUGAGAAUUGUGGUUGAAUUUUGUAAUCUGUACUGUUUUUUUUAAUGUAUAGCUUCUUUUGUUUUUGUUGCCUGAACUCAA